UGCUCCGGAAGUGGAAGUCAGCCCCGCGAAAAUUCCAAAUACAACUCAACAAAUAAAUAAUACAUACAUCACAAUCAAAAAAAAAAGGAAAGAGUUAAAUACAAAUUACGCACAAAGAUUGCUGAUAGUGCUGUCACUGAGUUACACAAGCAAAGUAAUUUAAUUUCAAUUAACCGCUUAAGUGUGUCAAACAAAGUUAAAUCAAACAAAUCGUGUCAACAACAACCGCGGCAACAGCAGCAACAACCACCGCAACAAUAACAAUAACAAUGGGCAAAUGCAAUUCGACGCGUCGAGUGAAUUAAGCGAUUUUUAAAGCUUUACGCCAAAUGAAAUUUGAAUUGCCAGAGUGUUCACUUGUGUGUGCAAAUUAAAUUACGCAAAUCAAAUAAAUGUUUUAACGAAAUAACAAUAAAAACCCAAAAAAGAGAAAGAAUCGAAUAAAAAUGUUGUUGAAAAAGUACCAACUACAGUGUAAAUAAUUCCACGAAUAUUUGGCAAACAAGCAUAGCUAAAUUUAAUACGAAAAUAAAACAACGAAUAUAAUAAAAUGUUUAUUUUGACGGUAAUUAAAUUGCUGCUGAUAGCGCUGAAUAUAUUUCCCAGUCGCUUCACAAAUCGACGGAUUAUGUUCCUCAUCUACAUGACUAACCUGGUGACGCAUGUAAUGAUGGAUGAGCCCCGCUUUGCCCAGCCGAUACCAAACGUCACCGUUGCCGUGGGUCGAGAUGCCAAUCUGCCCUGCGUUGUGGAGCAUUUGGGUGGUUACAAGGUGGCCUGGAUUCACAUCGACAGGCAAAUGAUACUGACCAUCCACCGGCAUGUGAUAUCGAGGAUUCCGAGGUACAGCAUCACCUACACGGACAACACGUGGUUGCUGCACGUGAACCAGGCCCAUCAGGACGAUCGCGGCUACUACAUGUGCCAGGUCAACACGAAUCCCAUGAUUAGCCAAGUCGGCUAUCUACAGGUGGUGGUGCCGCCAAACAUUUUGGACAUCGAGAGUACGCCAUCGUCGGUGGCCGUGCGCGAAAAUCAAAAUAUCAACAUGACAUGUCGGGCCGAUGGCUUCCCGGCCCCGAAAAUCAUCUGGCGGCGGGAGGAUGGCGAGGAAAUUGCCGUCGAAAAGAAGAAAAAAGUUCUCGUGUACGACGGCGAUGUCCUGCCGCUGACCAAAGUGAGCCGGAACGAAAUGGGCGCCUAUCUGUGCAUCGCCACCAACGGAGUGCCGCCCUCGGUGUCCAAGCGGAUCAUUCUCGAUGUGGAGUUCUCUCCGAUGAUUUGGGUGCCGAAUCAACUUGUUGGCGCUCCAUCCGGCACAGAUGUAACCAUCGAUUGCCACACGGAGGCGCAUCCCAAGGCCAUCAUCUAUUGGGUGUACAACUCGGUGAUGGUAUUGCCGAGCAAGAAAUAUAAAACCGACUACACGGAGAACUCCUAUCGUGCCCACAUGAAGCUGACGAUAAGAAACCUACAGUAUGGUGACUUUGGCAACUAUCGAUGCAUCUCGAAGAACUCGCUGGGGGAAACGGAAGGCUCCAUCCGUGUUUACGAAAUACCCUUGCCAUCCACACCAUCCAAGCAGGUGACCCACACCACCGUCGAGUCCAGGGAGAACAAUUUCAUACCCUCGUCACGCAACGACACAACGAAAUCCCUGCAAACGGAUGUGGGAUAUGCCAUGAAGAACGAUUUGUAUCCUGGCUCGGUCUCCUCGUCAUCUUCCGGCGGCAGUUCCUCGGCGGCCUCGUCUUCGUCCUCGUCCUCGACCUCGAUGCAGACCUCUGCACUGCCAGGCGGAGUGUCUGGAAACAGUCUUUCAUCUGUGGGUUCCAAGGGAUCCCUGGCGAUAGGAAAGAGCACGUUCUACACGGAACGACCACCGAAUGAGUACGCCUCGUCAGUGGCUGGCCUGCUGCUUCAUAGAGCCCUGCUCUUUGGUUCUGGAAUCUAUCUGACCCUGCUUUGAAAUCAAUAAAUCGUUUGAGUUACUCAACAAGCAUUUCGAAAAUGCAGCCAAAGGGGGUAUAGAAAACCACGGGGGUUAGUUUAGGUACAUCAACAUAUUUCAUAGCCUAAAGUACAUUAAAAAGAAACCAAUAAUAUCAUAAACCAACUAAAAAUGCUUCAAACUUGGCUCACUUCAAGGCUAUAGGAAUUUGUAAAAUUAUAGAAAGUAUUUUGCAAAACAAUAAAAUGCUCAAUGUAUGUAUAGUACUUACUAAAUGCUAAGAUUAAGAUACCAUUCUUGGGAAGUGGUAUGACAAAUGAAUUGUACAAUGUAAAUUAUAUCUUAAAUUAAAUGUAAAAUGGAAUUGUUUAAAAGUAUGUAUUUUGUUAGCUUUUUAGAGAACAAAUGGUUUAUUUUUUAUAUUUUUAAAUUAAAUCUUUACCUUUAAACAUAUCUUAAAGAGGGAAACACCGAAGCUUCAAUCGCUCAAAACCUAAAUGAAGUGGUAGAAUUUUUUUUGUUGGAAUUCAACAUAUCUAAAAUCACAUUUGAAGAAUACUUCAUUUAUUCCUACUUUUAGUUGACAAGCCAAAUAUAAAUUAAAUGUAUUAAACUUUGGUCAAUAUUUCGGACCUAACAAGCGGUUUUCUUUCGAAGGGUCUGAAUUUUGUUGCCAUGCGGCAUUAAAUCGCCUUGAAAUUGUCAUUUAUUCCAGCAGACUCCCUGCUGCCAGGUGUCAUGGUAAAAAAUGUGCAAUAAUAAUUUGCCUUACCUGGAUUCCGUUUCCUGGCUUUCGGAAAUCGCCUCGUCAUCCUCAUCCUCGUCGUCAUCGGCGUUCGUGCACUUCCAUUACUUUUUAAUAAAUGUGCAUGCUAAUUAUAUUAUUACUCAUACGACCCGUUGCCACGAGUCCUGUCUGUCGGUAUGAAUGUUUCGCUGGCCCUGCCUCGCCGUGCGAAAUACUCGCAAUUAAUUUCAGCAUACAAUUGCGUGGCCUGCGGUCCCUCCAAGCCCACACACAAUGACACACAGUUAACAUGUCCAAUUUAUUGGCCAUAACUCAUGGCCGGCAACGCGGCCAAGGAGUGAGUGAGAAGAAUCCUGCGGGCAGGCGCCAGUAGCCAGGACCCACGAGCCCAGGCCAAUCCAGAGACAGACAACCGCGCGCCAUCGACGGGGCAAGGAAAAAUGACAUUAAGGCCAGAAGAUAUAUGGCCCAUUUGCAUAUAGGUUCAUGUAUAUGUAUAAACAUGUACGGGGGUUGCAGCAGGUUAAAGGCCCUGCAAUUUACUGUAUUUAUGCUUCGACCUCGACGUUGCACGAAUUUAAUAAUUCAACUUGUGUUGCAUAAAGUUUGCAUUGACAUAAACAUAAUGAACGACGGAAAACCGCAUGCGAAAUUGCCUUUCUCCGACCUUUCUCCCCUUCGCCCUCUUCGUUUAUUAACUUUGUUAAUGCAGAAAAGGAGAAAAGCGCAUUCGGAAAGCGCUGAAAAUAUUGAUAAUCAACAUUGUGCUCUGUCCUCGAUGUGUCGACGUUCCGACAAUAACAAAAUUAAUGCAUUUUAUUUCAUUUUCCCCGCAGACGGGGGAAAAUAACUCGCACAAUAAACCUAAUUAAGCAUUAUAUAUGGAAGCUGAAAAGGCGACAGGCCAAGGAUUUAUGACAAUCUUCAGGGAGUCAUAUAUUUAUCCGUAUUUGUGCAUUUAUUAUUUAUUUAAAUUGCCACGAAUAAUGAACUAAAUUUCCACCCAGUUUGUGUGUGACUCUUGGGCUUCAAUAAACUGCUCGUCAAAUGUUUAACAAUUCAACCGCACAUUUUAUUUUUAAUUAGUAAAUUGCGCUAAUUAAAAUUGCAGUUAUGUUUGUACAUAAUACCUUUUAAUUGAGGUCAUACAAUUUUUGAUGUAACCCAAUAUAAUUGUAAAUAAAUGUUGACCCUUUCAGUUGCGUGUAAAUAUGAGGAAAAUUAAUUAAUGCAUCAAAUAAUCACUUCAUACAAGAACAAUUGAAUCAGCCAGAGAGUAAUUCCGAAUACAUUAGUCAAAAACUCUGGCAAAAAAAGAACUAUACCAAAACUGAAUUGUGUAAAGAUCGUAGGGAUAGGAAAUACAUACUAAAUUCAUACUUGGCAAGAAAUACAAUAAAUUUAAAACAUAUAUAAAAACUAUAUAGCCUAUACAAGGUAUUUUACGGUUUGUUGCCUGUAUUUUGGAAUUAGCUGAACAUCAAAUGAAUAAUAUGUAAAAUGUUUAUCGCUUUCUGUGCGAAUAAAAAGAUAAGAACGGAUGUGUUUUCCUAUAAGCAAGUUGACAUUUUGUAAUAUAAAUAAAAGUAAAUAUUAUAAAAAAUAAAUUAUGCAAUUAAAAAUAUAUAUUUUUGUUAGUUUUAAUUAUUUGUUUUGAAUUAAAAGAAGAAAGGUUUUUAUUUUUAUCUCAAAAAGAGUUUUAGUAAUUUACAGAAAAUGUUUCUUAGUAGAUUGUGUAAAAAAAAUUUG